AUGGCUGCGGCCGUUCAGGACUCACAUGUGAAUGCAGGGGAAAAGCUGAAAAAGUCCCCCAAGAAGAAGAUGAAAAUGGAAGCCAGGGCCAUAGCAUCGGAGCUGGAAGAUGAGGUCAAAGACGCUUCCGACAGCGAAGGUUCUAUAGGAAGCUGUGAAUUGGAAAAGGAUCAUUUUUCUUCUGAUGAUGAAGCAAUAGAAGCUGACAACGAAGAUGAUGUUGAACCCUAUAAUGAAAAUGAAAAUACUGCAGAAUCCAAUGUUGAGACUAAUAUGGGCUGGGCAAAUGCCAUGGCUAAAAUCCUUAACAAAAAAAUUCCUGUAGGUAGACGCGCCAUUCUGAUCAAAAACAAAGCGCUGGAAAAGGAAAAAUUAAAGUUAAAGGAAGAAAGACUAGAGAAGAGAAAACAGCGUGAUAAGAGGCUGGAGUGGGAAAUGAUGCGCAGAGUAAAGCCAGAUGUUGUCAAAGACAAAGAAACUGAGAGAAAUCUUCAGAGAAUUGCAACAAGGGGUGUGGUGCAGUUAUUUAAUGCUGUUCAGAAACAUCAAAAGAAUGUGGAUGAAAAGGUUAAAGAAGCUGGAAACUCUAUUAGAAAGCGUUCUAAGUUAAUAUCAGCUGUUUCCAAGAAAGAUUUCAUCAGUGUUUUGAGAGGAAUGGACGGAAGUACAAAUGAGACGAGUUCAGCUGGGAAGAACCCAAAAGCUAAACAGACUGAAGUGAAAUCAGAAGAGGGUCCAGGUUGGACUAUCCUACGUGAUGAUUUCAUGAUGGGAGCAUCCAUGAAAGACUGGGACAAGGAAAGUGACAAGGGGGUGAAAGCAACGGCGGCGGAGGCUGAUCGGCGGCCGGGUUGGCGUUUCGAGCGAGAGGAGGAGCGGGAGAAGGCGGGAGCCGGAGAGCGGACGCGUUUGCAAGCGGCGGCGGCGGCGGCAGCGGCGGCGGCAGCAACGUGGAGUAACCAAGCGGGUCCGCGCACCGCCCGGGUGGAGGCCACAGCGCGCAGCUCCGGGAGCAGGAUCCUCGCGGCGUCCGCGGCACCCGACCGAGUCCCGAGCGCCGAGCGCCGAGCGCCGAGCGAAGCGCACCCGCCUCCCCGCGGCGCGCCGGGCUCGCCCCCACCCGGCUCAGCCUCGGCGGCCCCCCUUGCAGAGCUCCCGGCGCCCCUCCCGUCAGUUCGCCAGCUGCCAGCCCCGGGACCUUUUCAUCUCUUCCCUUUUGGCCGGAGGAGCCGAGUUCAGAUCCGCCACUCCGCUCCCGAGACUGACACACUGAACUCCAUUUCCUCCUCCUAA